UGGCAUAAAUUUUGAAAGUAACUUUUGAUGUAGAACAAUAAUAAAAGCAAUAAAAUAAUUUGAAUGGAAUGGAACUGUCGUCGGUGUUGUAUCGAAAGAUGCCCGAUAUAGAAGAAAAGACAUUAAAAUGUUAUUUUUGUAUAAUAAAAGGAGCAACUAGAAAUAUUAUAAUUAAACUAAUAUAAAUGUCGUAAUAAAACAAUGAUUCAUUUUUACUGCUCACGUGUUUCCAAACAAUGACAAAACUUUAAGUAUUACAAUAGUAGUUAGAAAUUUUUCAUGGAGCAAAAUAACAGGAAUGUUGUGUCAAAUAACAAAUACAAGAUCCAUGGGAUUAGGAAACCGAAAUUUUCGCUGCAUGGCGGCAGUGUGGAAACAAAGCGACAUAGUCCAUCAUCGCAAGUUAUCGAUAUACCCCUAGAUUGCAGAACGUGCUCGAGUCAUAGACGCGCUCUGCAAGAGCAUAACAAUGAAAAAUGUGAUGAGUCAUGUGAAACGAAUAAAGUAAAGGCUGUUGCUAAUGAAGUGUUCAAUGAUUUUUGUCAUACGACAUCAAUUCAUGGCAUGAAAUUUCUAACCGGCCAGUCACACUGGCUCGAAAGAACAAUAUGGAUAGCAAUUUAUGCGUUUGCUUUAUGGUUUUGCGGUAGUCUCGUGUGGGAACGGUAUAUACGGUGGGAACGGAAUCCUGUGAUCAUUAGUUUCGAUAAACGUUUCGAAUCUAUCUCUGAAGUCCCGUUUCCCGCUGUCACCAUCUGUCCGGACCAAAAGUCAAUUAAAAAAGUUUUCAACUACACAAAAGUGCUCAACGAAAUAAAGCGACGACACAGCAGCGCCGAGACAAACGUAACACUCGAUCUUGAUUACAAGUUGACAGACUUUGAUAGAGAAACUUUCCAACUGCUUGCACAAAUGUGUCUUCCCAAAGGUGCUGACGUAUCAGAGUUUGUCGAUACAUACGACGCAUAUGCCAGCAACAAAACAAGUAUGGACCGAGAAAGAGUUUUAUCAAUACUGGACACAAUCACACCGACACUCGAGGACGUUUGUUACAGUCAUGAUUGGGCUUUCUCCAAAACAUCGAAGAAAUGUGGAAGGGAUUUUGGCAAAAUAUUAACGGAAGACGGUCUCUGCUACACAUAUAACUUACUGGAUAAAAGUGAGCUAUUUCUCAAUAAAACAGUUCAUGGGUAUCGCAGUAGCGGACGACUUAGCUCGAAUUGGACCAAGACAGCGGGAUAUACAAAAAAUAUUACAAUAAAUACGUAUCCGAAGAGGGUAUAUUCGACACGAGAAAAGCUCGCAUUAACUCUCAAACUGAAUACGAUGAAUAUGGACAACUUGUUUCCGCAGCAAGGACGAGGAUUCAAGAUAUAUUUGCACGCACCGACAGAAUUUCCCUGGAGCACGAAGCAAUAUUUUAAAGUGUCUACCGGGCAGAGUGUUACGCUAACCGUAACUCCCCAGUUGAUACGAACAUCCAGUUUCUUACGUGACUACCCGCCUACGAAGCGCGAGUGUUACUUCAAUCAUGAAAAUCCACUUAAAUAUUUCCAAGUUUACACCAAAGAGAAUUGUGAAUUGGAAUGUUUAGCGGAUUAUUCAAAGCUGUUAUGUGAUUGCGUUCCAUUUUGGAUGCCAAGAGGUGUCGGUGCCAGAAUUUGCGGCCUAGAGAAUUUCGAAUGCUACACGCAAGCGAUAUACAAACAUUUGUCCGGAGCACUUGAUACGGGAAACGAAGAGGACUACAUUGAGCCGCCAGUGAUGGGUAAUAAACCGAAAAAUUCCUCCGAAGCUUCGAAUACAACAAGCGCCAACGAAACUGUGCGAACACUCAUUCAAGAGCGACGUUAUCCAUUUUAUUUGUACAAAUACCGGCAGUGGCAGGAGAGACAAAAUAAGAAUGAUUCAGGGAAUUCCGAUGCGGAUGGCAGCAAAGACGAGUACGAUAGUAAAUAUGAUCAUCUUGCAUUCAACUACAAGUGUAAAUGUUUACCGGCAUGUAAUUCAAUCAAUUACAUGGCCGAUUAUCGUACAAGUUCCUUUUAUUUGGAGAGUGUAGGAUUGGAUUAUAAUACACUUCCACUCGGAUAUCACUUCAUGCGAGUGGAAAUUCAAUUUCGUGAAUCGCAGUUUGUACCUAUGAGACGAUCUGAGUUAUAUGGCUUGUACGACUUUGUCUCUAAUUUUGGCGGGCUCUUUGGACUGUUUCUCGGCAUGUCGCUGAUGAGCAUUUUUGAAGUCAUAUACUUUGCUACAAUCCGACUAAUUGCGUCUUGCAGAUCCAGAUUCAAAAGUGAAAAGCAGGAAAAACUGAGAAAACGAGAAAUUCCAACGAUUGAUAAAUAAAAACCUAAGUCGUCUAAUUUAUUUGAUUGCGUUAGAAUAAUAUUCAAAAAUCCUCCUAUUCUUAGUUUUUAAA